AUGACGCUCGGUUCUCCCGAUCAAUAUGCGUUGUUGCCGUAUGGUGAUCAUUUCUUUGGCGGAGCAGCGCUUGCUCGAUCAAAGUCCUACCCCUCUGAUUCAGAAUCAGAUUUCUACAUCCCUUUCGAGCCUAAUGAUUAUCGUCCACCGCUAUCGAACGUCGCUAUCCGACUUCAAGAUCCCUUCCUAAGGUGCGACAGGAAUCUUGGGUGGAACAUUGAUUGGGCAGUUGCAUUCAUCGUUGAUCGACUGGAACAGAAUUGGGCUGACGCAGCCGAGAAAUUAAAGAACGUACGGAUACGGGCUGCGACACUUGAAAGGGACGGGCUAGUCCAGGAGAUCCCAUAUCGUAUCUUCAACAAGCUCGAUGAAGUACUCUUUGCCGGUCAUCUGAAAAAUGCAGUCUUCCUCGAUUUUGACACCCUGGGUACCGACGUCUCAGGCGCCACCUACACGCACAGACUAGGACAAAAUCCUGAGGUCAAGCGUAUCUCUAUCGUCUUGAAUCUGGACGCGCUCGAAUGCGCCAAGGCGAAAGACAUCGUCGCUGUUCUGAUCCAUCACAUGAUACACGCAUACCUUCUGGUCGCUUGCGGCUCACAGAAAGAAGACGAGGUGGACUAUGGACGCUUGGAUCAUGGCGUGCAGUUUGGUAAGAUCAUGUUUACCAUUAAGAAGCUCUCAGCUGUGCACGGGAGAGAGUUGUCGCCUCUCAACUAUGGGCAUGGCUCUUCCAACGUUCGCUACAUUGCCGAGGAAUACUACAGUCCAAGAAGGAGAGAAGUAGUUGAGCGUGCGGACCGGGAGCGAUGGUAUUGCAGCCACUGCCAUAGCAUCGUGCAGGGGCCAUCCGAGAGCGAAGUGCAGAAGUGGUACGGGAAGGUUUGCAAGCCGCUUUUCGACCAGACCAAGUGCGUCCGCGAGCCGGAAGUCCAAACGUACAACGAGCGGCGUCAUGAGCUCGAGACGAAACACCGCGCACGUCUUAGACCUUCUGCAAAGUCGGUCGAGUUCAUGUACAAAGACAAGCCCGUCCUCGUUGAUGGAGAUAAGAUUGAAGAGUUUCUGAGCGUGGUGAGGGCAUUCGAAAAGGCGGGUAGCCGCUUUCUGAAGGUACACAAGGAAGUUUCUGAAGACACCUUCGUCCGCUUCCUGGAGUUUCUGCACACUGGCUCCUACCGGCCUGACCCACGCCCAUUCGCCGCCGCAGCAGCCGGUCUUGGUAUCGAACGUCGAGGGCCACCCAUCAUCAAACCCCAAGCAACGACCAGUGAAGCCUGCGUUCUAACUGACGUAAAGUUUGCCAAGCUCGGCACAUUGAUGGGCUUCGAAGACUGUAAAAGUUAUGCUCUCGAUCGGAUGAACGCCUAUGGCAUCCUCAACGAAGACCCCGUAGCCGUCCUCAACGAAAUCUAUACAGGUUACGAGCCGGACUCUGAUCUGAAGGACUGGGCGCGAAAGUUCCUCGUCCGAGCGCCAAAUACUCCGAACCCAGAGUACCACACUACGUCGAUCAGCCUCACCACCAUUGAACCGCCCAAUCUUAUCAAGCUUGAGAGUCAGCAGAGCUCCCAUCGUAUGCGCUUUCUCGAUGCGAUCGAAUCCAGUGGAGCACUGGAGAACGACGUCAACAAAGCUCGUGCCGAACUCAAAGCUGCCGGUUGGUACAGCUGGUCUACAUUCCUACCGCAUGAACCACCCAGGCUGCUCACCGAGCGCUCCAUGAGCUACUCCGCCCACCCACUGGCCCUUGGUCGACGCUCCCCUCUUCUCCUCGGCCGCGCAUCCACACCAGACCCCUGGCGCAGCGUCCACGACCUCACCGACCGACUCUCAUCCCUAGACAUCGACCGUCUGCGUGAUUUGGAGCGCGAGAAGGAGCGCGACCGUGAGCGAGUGGAGAAGUUGAGAGACUAUGAACGGGCCAAGUACAGUGACAUAGAGCAUGAGAAACUCAGGAAGCUGCGUCGAGAGAAGGAGCGUGAAUUGGAGAGGGAGAAGGAAAAAGUGAGGAGGUUGGAACGGGAGAAGGAGAAGGUCAAGGAGACGCAUGCGCAGUUGCAGGCUACGGCGGCGAUUGAAGCGCUUUUUGGGAGGAGUAGGCAUGGGGGGUUCGUUGGGGAUUAUGAUUAA